UACUGUCUACAGCCCUGAGAAUCCUUGUCUGUCACAUCUCCUUUUCACCUUCUCUUUCUCUCUGUUCAUCUCUCCCACUCGCAGACAAAGAGGUUAUCAGGUUAAGUUAAAGAGAUCAAACUCUGAGAACUGUCUAUCCAUUAUUGCUAGCUAGUGUUGCGGCUACAAAGCUUAUUACAUGGAUGAGAAGUGGAAAAUAUCAAAGAAGGAAGCUUCAGGUAUCCAUUGUUCAAGUUCUUCAAAGUUUUCACUCUCAAGGAGUUUUUCAGCAAAGAGCAUUUCUUCCAAGUCUCCUCUUCUUAGGAGUUCUUCACAGAAGAACUCUUGUUCUUCUUCUUCUUCAUCAUCUAAAUGUCCACUACCCCGAAGUUUUUCGCAAAAGAGUUCGUCUAUUUCACGUAAAUGUAGUAGCUUAGCCAAGGAACAGAAGGCAAGAUUCUACAUUAUGAGGCGCUGUGUUGCCAUGCUUGUUUGCUGGCAUAAGCAUGGAGAUUCUUAAAGAGAUGAAGAGAUGAUCAUAAAUAGAUCGGCAGGGAAAGUUCCUUUCUCUUUUCUCCAAUUGUUUCUGCAGGAUGGUUCUUGGAUUUUGUUUGUCUUGGGUCUUGGAUUUCAUCCAUUGGAUCAAGAUCAAAUAAAUGUCAGAGUUUUUCUUGCUUACCUUCAUUUUUAAUUAGUUCAGUUCAGUUUGUAAUUAUAAAUGAGAGAGCUACAAGUUUUAUAGUUGUAAGAAAAGACUAUAUCCAAAAAAUAUAUUUCUGUCAAAUCUUAAACUAGAUAGAGUUUUUUUCUAAUCUUUUCUUCCUCCUUUUGCACCCUGUGAUUUCUUUGGUUAAUCAAAGCAGAUGUCAGAAUCAGGAGAUCUUCUUAAAUUCGAUGGAGUGGCUUUUGGUUGGUUAUGUUGUUCCUAUGAAAUUCCUUUCAGCUGCAGCCAGUAUAAUAAUAGGACAUCAUUGGCUAUUGGAUCUGAAUUGGGAAUGAAAGCCAUCU